GUUGCGUGGGUUUCUGUUAGAACGCUUUGUUCCUUCUAGUUUUGUUUGCCCUCCCACCCCCGAGCCCCUCUUAUUAUCUUUUAAACUCUCCUCUUCUGCUCUCUCUUUCCUUCUCCCUUCUCUUCUGCUCCUGCUUGUCUCUCUUCAUGGCCUUGCAACAGUGUGGUGGAAGUGAAGGCAUGGAUACCAGGUGGGGCUUUAGGAACUACUCUUCCUCUCCUUCCUCUUCCAAGGGGGUGUUUGCUGACAUAAGUUCCCUCUCCAUCAACCCAACCACCUCAGCCGGGAAUCAUCCUUGCACCAAGAGCUCUGAGAAGACCUCUUGGACUUUCCCUUUUCCGCAGAAAAGCGAGGUGGGGCACAAGUGUUCCGAUGGCAGUGAUGGCUCUGGAGAGAAGGAGCCUAGUGCCAUUGGAGAGGAAAGCCCGGAUGGAGAGAACACCACCAAUGAGGGCUCACUGGGUGGGAAGGAGACUGUUGACUGUGGUCAAUCAAAGCUCUGCGCCAGAGGCCAUUGGAGGCCUGCAGAGGAUUCCAAGCUCAGAGAGCUUGUAGCUAUCUAUGGUCCUCAGAACUGGAACCUCAUAGCAGAGAAGCUGGAAGGUAGAUCAGGGAAGAGUUGUAGGCUGAGGUGGUUCAACCAGCUGGACCCCAGGAUCAACAGAAGGGCUUUUAGUGAGGAGGAGGAGGAGAAGCUAAUGGCUGCUCACAGAUUGUAUGGGAACAAAUGGGCCAUGAUUGCAAGGCUUUUCCCAGGGAGGACUGACAAUGCUGUCAAAAACCACUGGCAUGUGAUCAUGGCUAGGAAGUAUAGGGAGCAGUCCAAUGCAUAUAGGAGGAGGAAGCUGAGCCAAGCUGUCCAAAGGAGACUGGAGGAAGCUGCAACAACAACAACUACUACUACUACAGCGGCAGUCUGUGGGUUUGGUCGCUGUCCUUCUUCUUCCUUCACAUUUCCUGCUGCCAUCGAUGGCUCCAUUGGCUCACAUCACAUGACACUCGGAGUAGGGGAUUCCCUCUCAAGUCACGAUGGCUUUUAUAUCCAGCAAACACCCUUUGAUUUCUUUUCUGGUAGCAGGGGUCAUGACAAUGCCAAUUUCAAUAGCAACAGCUCCUGGGAUUGGCCAAGGGAUGAUUCUUUCAUGGGGUUUUACCAUCAUCCUCCAUUUAUGUUUGCAAUGCAGCAGCCAAGCCAUGCAUCCCACUAUUCAGAUUCCACAGCCUCAGCUGCAUCCCGGGUUUCAGCUCUUGAAUCGUCGUCGUCCGAUGAGAACAAAGAGGGCAGCCACUUCGAAGCCACCGUGUCGCCAACUUUCAUAGAUUUCCUUGGAGUAGGAGCCACAUGAAGGGACAGAAAGACCAAGCCCAAGAAGAAGAGGGUUAGUUUUUCUAGAGGUGGUGCAUAGUGCUUAGAAGUUUAGGAACCCGUAAGCCAUGAUGGGUAAAUGAGAGCAUUGCAGUUGAGGUGGGUGGCAAAAAAGUAACGUAAGAAAUAUUCUCUUACCUCAAGUUCUAUGUAACUUUGACACCUGGUCCACUUUUCUUGAGACCGAACCUUUUUAUAGAUGAAAAUAAUUAGUCAAGUAGAUUGCAUCGUCA